AAUAUCUUCUUGCGUGAAAACCAAUGAUAAAAUAACACGUCGUCAAGUGUAAGGAAGGCUCCCCAACUAGAUAGCCUAAUCUGCAAAUCCCUCUCUCUCGCUCGCUAGCUGCUGAGCUCAGAGAGAAAAUAUCUUAACCGAUGAUUGAGUCGGUCAUGGCCGUCCGUCUCUCCACCGGAUUCUCCUCUCCGGCGGCGUUACUCCAGUAUCGUCCGGCACCGAGCACGGAGGAGGGAGUGAGCUGCUUCCAUUACGCGUCCCGCCGCGUUUUUCAGCCUCAACGUCUCAACAAUACUGCUUCUUGGAGUGGAUAUCUGAAGCACAACAGUGACUAUUUAACAAAGAAACACCCUAGGAAGAAUCGAACUCAAGCCACUGCCGAGUAUGUAGAUUCAGCUUCUGACCCAGAAAAGCAAACUGGCAAGUCGAGGUAUCAUCCUUCAGAAGAUAUUAGAGCCUCUCUGCCACAGAAUGCUGGAGAUUCCAGGCUUUCCCCUGCAGAAACUACUAGAACCAUCAUUGAGGUGUUAUACUGCGUCUCUCAAUCUGUAUUAGCUACCUCUUUUUUUGUGUGUCGUGUUCAGGUGAACAAUAAAGGAACCUUGAUGCUUACUGGUUCAACUGGUGAUGGAGUUCUUGAGAAUAUUCUCUGGCCUGAUAUUCCUUAUAUUACAGAUCAGAAUGGAAAUUUAUACUUUCAAGUUAAGGAAGAUGAGGACGUCAUGCAGUCUGUUACCUCUGAAAACAACUAUGUGCAAGUAAUAGUAGGCUUUGAUACGAUGGAGAUGAUCAAGGAAAUGGAGCUGAUGGGUCUAUCUGAUAGUGACUUUGACACCGAAGACGAUGAAAGUGGAGGAGAAGAUGGCAGUGAGGAAGAUGGGGAUGAAGGAGAAGAUGAUGCGGAGGAAUGGGUUGCAGUUCUAGAGGAUGAAGAUGAAGACGAAAGUGAUGAUGAUGAUGACUAUGAUGAUGAUGAUGAAGAUGACGAUGAAUCGCUUGGUGACUGGGCAAAAUUGGAAACAAUGAGGAGCUGUCAUCCCAUGUUUUUCGCAAAGAGAAUGUCUGAGGUUGCUGCAAAUGAUCCUGUAGAUUGGAUGGAUCAGCCGUCUGCUGGCCUUGCCAUCCAGGGACUGUUGAGUCAUAUCUUAGUGGAAGAUUAUUCAGAUAUUCAACAGAAACUUGCUGACAUAAAAUCUACAAGUACCAAGGGAGACAAGAAUGCUGAAAACUUAGAGGAGAAGCUUGAAGACACUAAUAAGGCAGAUGGUGAUGAUGAAUCUGAGAAGACGAGAAAAGUGGUGGCGUUUUACAAGUUGGAGAUGAUAAGAAUUCAGCUUAUUACAGCACAAGGGGAUCAGACUGAAGUUGAAGUGGAAGAUGUCAGAAAAGCACAACCUGAUGUUAUUGCUAAUGGAUCAGCUGGAAUCAUAAGCCGUUUAGAAGAGUCUGGUGAUAAACUAGCUGAAGCCCUUAGGUCUUUGUGUUGGAGAUACUACGGUAUUCAAGCAGAGGAAGUGAAGAUGAUAGGGUUAGAUUCCCUUGGUUUUGACCUGAGGCUUUGCGCAGGAGCAAAGAUUGAGUCAUUGCGGUUUGCAUUCUCGACAAGAGCAACAUCAGAAGAGGACGCAGAGGAACAAAUAAAAGAACUAUUAUUCCCGACAACAAACCAGUCGAAGCCACUGGAAGAACCCAAGGGAACAAGUCAGACGGAGUCUUCUUAAUGCUGUAGUGAUCUUUAAUGAAGAUGCAUGUAGGAAACAGUCCCAUGAAUCAAAAUCCAAACUGCAAAUGCAUUUUCUGUGGGACAAACAUGAACAAGGGUAGGAUCUUUGGGAUAAAGCAUUCAAUUGAUUUUCUACGCUGUGAUUGUGGUUUCAAGUUUGUGGGUUUUACUCUGCACAAAUUGAGCAUCGUAGUUUCAACUCA